UGCCUCUAUAAAGUGCCCUUUAAGCUGGUUGUAAAGCCGUCUUCCGAGAAGCUCUACCGGAAGGAACUUAAAUGCUUUAUCUACAUCUGGCUUUGAUUAUCUUGAUUAUUGCUGACGACUGUGCGGGCAAUUAUAGGGCGAGGUUUGAAUAAAUAUUAGUUUAGAGCUCUUUGUGAGCUCUAAGCUCUAGGUAGAUGGUAUCUAGCAGUCUAAGGGGCCUGCUAAUAGAAACCGUACUAAUAACCAGGAUGGAGGGCAGACUAUGAAUGGUGAUGAGAGUGACGAUGAUAAGGGUGAAGAAGAGGAGAAUAAUAAUGAUGAUGAUAAUAAAGAGGAUGAAGGCGAGGACGAAAGUGAAUGUGAGGAGAGAGAUGAAUAUGGUAAAUCGGAAUAUAACAAUCAGAGUAGUAUGGCUAUAGAAGCAGGUGAUCUCUCUGAUGCCGAGUUGACUUCUGCUUCGUCUUUAGAUAACCAGGAGCAACUCUCUUAAGUUCCUGCAGCCAAUAUCUUACUAUGCUUUUAUUACUCUGCUUUACUAAGGACUUUAGAG